AGGCGCAGCCCAGGAAAUGUUGUCGUAUGGGGCCCUGCAAUUUCUGAUGGCGGCCCUGACUAUACCAUUGGAGCUCUGACUAUACCAUUGCAGCUCGUUCCCACCUGCCAGGCUCCCCCAGUGCAGUUGAUUUUUCAGCAGUCCAUAGCUCACCAAUUGCAGCUCAUUCCCACCCCAGUGCAGCUCUGUCUCACCAGGCCGUCUCUCUCCCCAGUGCAGCUCAUUCUCAGUAACAACUAUUCAAAUUUCCCGCUCUAGCAGUUCCCCCUCAGCACCUAACCCCUCCCCUUCCUGCUGCCCAGCAGUCUCACUGAGAAGUCGCAGAAGUUCCGUGUUAUCGGAAUGCGGGCGCUACUAUAAUCGCACGGGAGGGGUGUCUUUUCCUCUCUAGUGCACCGUGUGUGUGAGCGGCGGCGUCUCUUGCAGCUGCCAUGGAUCUCCCGGGGCCACUGGGGGACAUGCAGGCACUGAGCUCGGAGCUACAGAGGGUGUGUUUAUUAGGAGCCUGCGGGCAGGAGCCGCCAGAGGAGGAACCCCCGGAGCCGCACUUACUUAGACUACUGCGGUUACGAGAACAAGUGAAACACCAGAGCCUUGAGGUCCAGACUGUGGCUGAAGCGACAGGUGAAGAAGUUUCCUCAGAAGCCCUAUCAUCAGAGAAAUUAACCGAAAUAGCAAAAGAAUUAUUAAAAGAUAUUGAAGACCUUAAAGUUUCCUACCAAAAUAAAACAAUGGUGCUGCAGAGAAUGCAGUUUGUGAAUGCUCUUCUCAAUAAGAUACAAGAUAACAACAAUGAAUCAAGGUUAAUCCAAGAGAAAUUCACUCACAUUUCGACACUCUCCUCUGCAGUAAUUAACUCACAGCAGGAGACACGAGAAUUGGAGGACAGAUUGUAUGACAUCAGAAAGAAGAGAUUAGUGCUAAAGGAACUUGGCUCUGCUAAAAUGUUAGAAAUUCAAACCCUGAAAAGCAACUGGAAAGCCAAUAGAGAAGAAACGCAAAAUGAGAAAAUAAAGAGACUGAAUAAAAUCCUUAAAGACGAAAUAGACAGCACAACAGUAUUACAGAAUGUGUUUCAGAACAUCAUUCUUGCCAGUCACGUUGAUUGGGCAAAGGAUCCACAACUAACAGAUAUUGUUCUAAAGUUAGAAACAAACGCAAGCUCAUACACAUAACCGUUUUCCUAUUGUUAAAGAAUUUCUCAAUCAAGGAAAGAGUGGCGUCGAUUCCUCUAUGUGGAAUUCUAUCCAGCUCUAUAGUUUUAUGUAUGUUGAUUUUAAUUGUGCAUAUUUUAUUUGUAUUUUUAAUUGAUUUAAGAAUUUUUUUUUUUUUAAAUAUAUGUACAUAGAGUGAUGUCUGUAUAUACUUCCUUUUUUAGCACUAGGAUAUUUGUAUAAUUUUUUCCAUAUUUUGUGUAUGAGCAGAUAAUAUUUAACUAGCCUGACUGGCCUGUAGUUAAAAGAAGAGUAGGUUCCUGCUAUCCUCACAAUACACAUUUAGGGCAUCGGGCCUAGUUUUCACUUUCUACCUGAAGAGCAGCGUAAUGAGUAAAUCUAACUGGUGGGUUAUUGCCAUGUAGACCUUCAGAAAAUGAUGACAUUUACUGGAGUACUGGUCAGGAUAAGGUAAUUAUUCAUCACAAAAUAAAGUAUCAUUAGUCUGUUA